AUGCUCACGACAGCGCCCCACCUGCUCAUACGCAGACCCUCGCCUACGACUGCCGAGUUCACCGUCACGACCCGACCACCAACGACUCUCCCGCUGCGCCUCGCUCUCCUGGCCCUCGUGCCCCUGCGUCUCGUCGUCGGCGGCUUCUCCCUGCUGCUCCUCUGGUCCAUCUACCUCCUCUCGCCAUAUGCCGUUCCGGCACCGUCCAAAGCGAUCGACGCCCCUCUUCUCUCCACAACGACCUUGCUGCGCGCCCUCCACAGCGUCGCCCUCUCGCCCCCCGGCGUCGUGGCGCGCCGCCUCGCCGCCACGACCCCGCUGGUGCUGCUGCUCCCGACGGCCGUCGUGCUGCUCUGGGCCUCUCUGCGCCGCGUCCACAAGACGGAGAGCCUGCUCGUGCUGCGCGGGUUCGGCAUCCAGACGUCGUCGUCGUCGGGCAGCUACCUCGCGGGCACGGCCACGCGGUUCAUACCGACCGAGAAGAUCAGGGAUGUCCUCGUGAACGAGGCGUUUCGGGGGUUCGAGGUCCGCCAUUACCUUGUUGUCGUCGUCGAAGGGGAGGGCGAACUUGUCGUUGUGUUUUCUGGGCUCUUGCCGCGGCGGAGGAUCGUCGAGACGGUUUGGAGGGGCGUGAGGGGGUGUUUGUGGGAGGAAGGCGGCAAGCAUUGA